GAGCGUUGUCCCUCGGAUGAAGACCUUUGAAGAUAACGGAAAGCUACGAGUAUAUCGGCCAUUGAUGGAGAUAGGAGGAGGCUGAGAGUCACGGUUCCUUCAUUGAGAUCUGCCACCCACCACCACCUGCCACCCACCACCAACGAGACUGCCACCUACCAUCAGCUAACCACCACCGCCCACAACCACCCAUCAGUAGGAAUUAUAUAACUAUACAGGUGUGGGCCAUGGACCAGGAUCUCAAGGGAUGGUACACGGAACAGUCGCCCAUGUGGCCCGGGCAGGCUUUCUCCCUCCAGAUAGAGAAAAUUUUACAUGAGAAAAAAAGCAAAUUUCAGAACAUUCAGGUCUUGGAGAGCACACACUACGGCAAGAUGCUGGUACUAGACGGAGCCAUCCAAUUUACCGAGAGGGAUGAGGCAUCUUACCAAGAGAUGAUUACCUUCCUCCCUCUCAACUCUCACCCGCACCCUAAGAAAGUUCUCGUCGUAGGUGGAGGUGACGGUGGGGUGGCGAGGGAAUGUAGCCGACACCCAGCUGUUGAGGAAGUCGUCCAGUGUGAGAUUGAUGCUGAGGUGAUAGAGGCGUGUAAGACAUUCGUACCAUCUAUGGGUUGCGGCUUCUCUAACCCUAAGCUAACUCUGUACACUGGGGACGGAGCGCAGUUCCUGGAGAAGACCAACGACAAGUUUGAUGUGAUAAUAACAGAUGCUUCAGACCCUGUGGUGAAUGGCGAUGGUGGAGGGGUGAAAGAUGGUCCUGCCAUUUCACUGUUCCAAGAGGAUUACUACGCUCGCAUGAAGGACAAGUUAACCGAGGGAGGAAUCUUGUGCUGUCAGGGGGAGUGCAUGUGGCUGGAUGCUGCUCUGAUCAGUCGUCUGGUGAAGAAUUGCCACGAGAUCUUUCCUGUCGUGGAGUACGCGUACACCUGUACCCCUUCCUACCCCUCGGGCCAGAUCGGUUUCAUUCUCUGUAGUAAGAAUGAGGCCACCAACUUCCGAGACCCAGUGACGGUUUGGGACUGCGAGAAAGCCACCGCUCUCUCCCUCAAGUACUACAACGCAGAUAUCCACCGCGCCUCGUUUGUCAUGCCUACGUUCAUGAGGAACAUUCUCAAGGAUGCUCGAUAAACUAAGUCUUUCCUUCUUGUAUACAUAGAUGACGUCCAUUGUGGUGUUUUAGCCCUUAAUCAAUGGCUAAGGAUUCCUAAAUUAUCCCCUCCUACCCCUCCUAUACCCUCCUGCUCCUCAUCCCCUCAUAUGUGCAAAAAUGUAAUCUUCCACUGAUAAUGGCCGCUGGUUAAGGGUUAAAAUAAGCUGGGGUGACUAAUCUUUAUGUCAUCUAAUAAGGAAGAUGUGAGAUAUUGUUAUUCUAUUUUUGUUCUCUUCACUGAUUGGUUCAUUAUUUUUAUUCUCUUCACUGAUUGGUUCAUUAUUUUUAUUCUCUUCACUGAUUGGUUCAUUAUUUUUAUUCCCUUCACUGAUUGGUUCAUUAUAGUUUGUUUUGUGUUUUAGUUAUUCAUUUCUUAAGUCCUCACAUUUUCUAAUCCUUUACCAUAGCACUAAAUUUUUCUUUGUUAAUUUUCACCAUCAAAUGAAAUCCUUCCAAAUUUAACUGAAGAGAUAUUUUCUUUUUCUGUUCAUAAGGUUGUGUUGUCGAGUGUGUAUACUAAUUAUGAUCUUAUAAACAUGGUUCGUGGAUCAGUAGAUUUAUUUAUGUAUCACAGUUGGUGUCUUAUAUAAGUAGACCACAGUGUAUGGUCAAGAGUCUCAUGGCAGCCACACAUCACAACAAAACACUUGAGUUAAUUAAUGUCUUGUGUGGUCGCUGGUUUAAACAAUCAAAUGGGGGAAAAUAUCGUAUAAAGAUGUUGGAAUUUAUGUUCAUGUGGUAUUCUUAACUUCACUCAAAUGUUGGAAUUUAUGUUCAUAUGGUAUUCUUAACUUCACUCAAAUGUUGGAAUUUAUGUUCAUAUGGUAUUCUUAACUUCACUCAAAUGUUGGAAUUUAUGUUCAUAUGGUAUUCUUAACUUCACUCAAAUGUUGGAAUUUAUGUUCAUAUGGUAUUCUUAACUUAACUCAAAUGUAACUAACCAUUUAAGGAAGGACUUGAUGACUACAGGCAAUAGGUUCAAGGGCUGCAGAAGGUUUGGGGACUACUGAGUGUUAAGCUAUCAUAGGGUCCUGUGUAUGCCGAGGUAUUGAUAGAAUUUCCCCUUUAAAUAACACAAAAUUCAAUAAGAUUUACUAGAGACUGAUAUUUGUGUCAUUUAAGAUACACCACUUAAGAGACACCCUGUACAGUGUGAUACAGGACCUAUGAGACACCCUGUACGGUGUGAUACAGGACCUAUGACACCCUGUACAGUAUGAUGCAGGACCUAUGACA